AUGAGUGGUGAGGCCACCUCCAAGUUGGGACAUACCCUGGCCAAGGGCCUGGGUAUCAAGCUCCCUUACAGAGACCCUCUGGGUGCGACGUCAGGUUCCGAGCCCGUCACAAGAGGCGAAUCGACCUUUUCUAUGGGUACUGUCGACACAUAUUCCUACAAUGAACCCGAACCGACAACUUUCGACUGGAUCCGCGAGACCACCCCUUCCGGCCGCCAAUUUGUUCAAUAUUUGAUCAACCUGUUCCCUUUCCUGACCUGGAUUUCUAAUUACAACCUCCAAUGGCUGUACGGUGACCUGGUCGCCGGUAUCACUGUUGGUGCCGUCGUUGUGCCGCAGGGUAUGGCUUAUGCCAAGCUGGCUGAGCUACCUGUGCAGUUUGGUCUGUAUUCGUCCUUCAUGGGAGUUUUGAUUUAUUGGUUCUUUGCUACAUCUAAAGAUAUUACCAUCGGACCGGUGGCCGUCAUGUCGACUUUGACAGGAACUAUCGUCCUCGAUGUCCAGGCGAUUUAUCCCGAUUAUCCUGCUCACUUGAUUGCAUCUUCUCUCGCCGUGAUCUGCGGUGGUAUUGUCUUUGUGCUGGGUAUCUUCCGCGUUGGUUUCAUCGUGGAUUUCAUCCCUCUGCCUGCCAUCUCUGCCUUCAUGACUGGUUCCGCUCUGAACAUUUGUUCCGGCCAGGUUUCCACUAUGCUGGGUGAGACGGCUAAAUUCAGUACCCGCGGUGCUACCUACAAGGUCAUUAUCAACACCUUGAAGUACCUGCCAUCUUCUACCAUUGAUGCGGCUAUGGGAGUUACUGCGUGUGCGAUGCUAUAUAUCAUUCGUUCCGCAUGCACAUAUGCUGCUAAGAAGCAGCCUGCGAAGGCCAAGAUUUGGUUCUUCAUCUCAACACUCCGGACUGUCUUCGUUAUCCUGUUUUAUACCAUGAUCAGUGCCGCCGUGAACUUGCACCGCAGGGAUGACCCUUUGUUCUCACUCCUUGGUACAGUCCCCCGUGGCUUCCAACAGGCCGCUGUUCCCGUCAUGGACCGCAAGAUCAUUGCUGCAUACGCCAAUCAGCUCCCAGCCGCUGUGAUUGUUCUUCUUAUCGAACAUAUUGCCAUCUCCAAGUCCUUCGGCCGUGUUAACAACUACACUAUCGAUCCCUCCCAGGAGUUUGUGGCUAUUGGUGUGAGCAACCUGCUUGGGCCUUUCCUCGGUGCUUAUCCUGCCACUGGUUCCUUCUCCCGUACUGCGAUCAAGUCUAAGGCCGGUGUUCGCACACCCCUGGCUGGUUGCAUUACUGCCGUCGUUGUGCUGUUGGCCAUUUACGCUUUGCCGGCUCUUUUCUUCUAUAUCCCCAAGGCAUCUCUGGCCGGUGUCAUCAUCCACGCGGUCGGUGAUUUGAUCACUCCCCCUAACACCGUGUACCAGUUCUGGCGUGUGUCCCCGCUCGAUGCGAUCAUCUUUUUCGUCGGUGUCUUUGUCACCGUGUUCACUUCUAUUGAGAACGGUAUUUACUGCACCAUCUGUAUCUCGGUUGCCGUUCUGCUCUUUCGCGUCGCCAAGGCUCGUGGUCAGUUCUUGGGACGUGUCACCAUCCACUCCGUGGUCGGUGAUCACCUGCUGGACACUGAUGGAAAGUAUGGAUCUUUCGGAAACAACAAAACUCCCUCCGACGACGAGGAACACCACCACCGCACCAUCUUCCUUCCCAUUAACCACGGCGAUGGUUCCAACCCUGACAUCGAAAUCGAGCAGCCUCACCCCGGUAUCUUCAUCUACCGCUUCUCAGAGGGCUUCAACUACCCCAACGCCAACCACUACACAGACUCCCUCGUACAAGCUAUCUUCAAGAGUACCCGCCGAACAAACCCCCAUGCCUACCGCAACCGUGGCGACCGUCCCUGGAACGAUUCCGGCCCUCGCCGCGGCAAGGAGGGCAGCGAUGACCAUUCCCACCUUCCCAUGCUCCAAGCGGUCAUUCUCGACUUUUCCUCCGUGAACAACGUCGAUGUUACUUCCAUCCAGAACUUGAUCGAUCGUGGUCUUGCCGCCGCAGGCUUCGGCUACCCCACCCCAGUCUCCAACGAAGGCUUCCACCGGUGGAAGCCAAUCUUCUCCGUCGCCGAGAUCGAGGGCAAGGCCUCCGCCGCGGCCCACGCAGAACUCAUCAACAACCAGCGCGAACAAGCCUACCACAAACACGAAGACGUGGAAUCCGGCCUGAAGUCGCAGUCCUCCGCAACUGAGCGCGAGACUCACGGCAUCGAGACAUCGUCCGCCGAGUCACACGACGUCAUUACCGAGGACAAGUUCCAGCGCGAUAUCACCGACAGCAAGGCGUACCGCAGUCGUCGCAAGGUUGCGCUCGUGCAGGGCAUGAACAGACCUUUCUUCCACAUCGACUUGACCAGCGCAUUGCAGAGUGCCGUUGCCAAUUCGUCCGAAGAGGUUCCUCACAUUGAUUGA